AUGAGAAGAUUAUGGUCGGUGUUCACGUCAACCACCUGGGUAUGUUUUGCAUCUAUGUACUUGAUUCCUGAACCUUUUCCUCACUAUAAUAUAGUCGAUUUGACAUCUUCCGAUAUCCCCUGGCAUUUUCGAAGUAUAUCUUUUUCUGCGGUUAGCUCAUUAACCUUGUAUGCAUCAUUGUUAGAUGUGUCAUGCGCCCCCCACAUCCGUUCCGGUAUUCUCGUCAAUUCCCAUGCAUUAAUAUUACAAAAAGAAUUCUCCUGCACAGCUGGAAGAAUAGGGCUGGAUUUAAGGGACGAUAAGUCAAUAAUUUCUAAGGGCGGAGCAAUUGCAACAGGCCCAGCAUUCCUUAACGCGUUGCGCUGUUGUGUGUUGAUUAAACGACAGGUGGCCACUAUAUGA